AUGAGUGGAUAUUUGUUUCGAAACCUCGGCAGUCGCUACAUUUCUAUACUUAGCCGCGUGUGGUCGGGAAACUCACAAAUGGUGAAAAAUUCUGAAGCAAACUUAAGAAAAACACUCGAGACCAAGUUCCCCCAGGCAAAGAACAUCGUUGUUACCGAUAUCUCUGGCGGCUGUGGAUCGAUGUAUGAAAUAUUUGUCGAAAGCAAAGAAUUCAAAGGACUGUCCACGGUCAAACAGCACCGCCUAAUAACGGAAACACUCAAAUCGGAAAUUAAAGACAUGCACGGUCUCCGGAUACACACAUCCAUUACUGAGUAA